UAUGCUUCGUUUUGUUCAUAAUCUCUAAAUAAAAUUCAAAUCUCUAACCGUAUCAUUUCGUUGCGAUCUCCUCUCCUCCUCAAUUCAACGUUAUUUUAUUCUCAUUCGACGGAAUCAUCAAGAAACAGAAAACCGUUUCUCCGAUUCUUUUAAAUUAUUCUUCCUUUGCUUAAAUAAGUCCCUAAAACACAAAGCAACGUUUUGAAAUCCACCACUUCACUUCCAGGUGUUCCUGAAGCGAUGAAGAAUGACUACGAAUCACAGGUUUCCGAUCACUUUCAGAGACCCAGAAGGUCGAAAUCUCGUGAGGUAAGUUCUCGAUUUCUCUCGUCAGCCUCUGCAACUGAGACCACUACUGCAACUUCCUCGUCGUCGUCUCCCACUCAACCUCUUUCGCCCACUCAUGGGAAAUCAAGAUAUGAUGCUCGUAAGCACCGAAGCCAACAAGGGUCCUUACUCGUUCAUGGACUCUGGCCUUCUUCGACUACUAACAGAUUCGAUACUCUGGCUGAUCAUCUCAGAAAUGAACGAUUGAAGGACGAGACAUCCUCUGGAAAUCCCUCACUCAAUAAACUGAGAGGUUCCAGAGAUUUAAGUAGUUUCGAAUCAAAAGAGGAAUGCGCCAAAGAAAACGAUAGACCCAUUAUUGGCGGUUCUGCGAGAUAUAGUGAGAAACUACAGGGGAAAAACGUAAGCUCUUCGUUGUCAAAAUUACCCGUACAGAGCUUUGAUUCUGCGAGAUUGUCAGUGGAUGAGAAUGCUCUGUUGGGCAGAUCAUCAAGAAAACGAUCAGACAAUUUCAAGAACAGUUUUGACUUAGAAUCGGAUUACAAUGAUAUUAGGUCUCCGAUGGUGGUGGGAAAAACGCCGACCAUAGUCUGCCAGAGGUCGGGUUUGGUGGUUCCUUCCAAGAAUAUGAAUGAUGUAAUAUCACGAAGGCUUCAAAGAGGGUCUUCAGAUUCAAGCCUCCCAACUACUGUUUCAUUCGAGGGUUCUCCAACAGCAAAGAAAAAUUCCGUAAAAGACCCAAUUCAACGAGUUAAUUCAACUUCGGGACGUGGGAAUUCAAGGUCGCAGUGGGCAUUAUCGCCUGGACGGUCAGGUUCGCCUACGAUGUCAGUGGAGAGCAAAGAAAAACCCAUGUCGUUUUCUAGUUUAAAACCUAUAAGAACUUCAUCAAAAGGUGCAACGGGUAUGGAGAAGUUACUUAACUUGGGAUUGGACUUGUUCAUGAGCAGAAAAUCUUCGAUUUCCACCACAUUAUCCCCUAUAGGACCAGCAGUUUCUUCUAAUGUUCAUCAGCUUAGAAUGUUACAUAAUCGAUUGGUGCAGUGGCGUUUUGCCAAUGCCAAAGCUCAAUCUGCAACUGAAAACAUGGCUAAUUUAGUAGAGAAAAAUUUGGCAAGUACUUGGUAUGACAUUGCUAAGUUGCAGCAGUCAGUUCAGCAAAAGAAGUUGCAGCUCCAGAAAGAAAAGCUCCAAUUCAAGUUGAACUUCUUUCUCCAUUCUCAACUGAGGCCAUUGGAAAGAUGGGGAACUAUGGAAAGACAACAUUUAACUGCACUUUCAAUAACCAAAGAUUGUUUGCAUUCAGUUAUCUGCAGGGUGCCACUCAUUGAAGGUGCAAAGAUUGAUGCUCAAACAAUUUCCAUGGCAUUCAACCAAGCUUCUGAUGUUGCAAUCUCUAUGAAGUCCAUGGUGACUAUAUACGCGCCAGUGGCCAUGAAAACUGCUUCCUUGCUUUCAGAAUUAGCAAGAGUGGUGAUUCAAGAGAGAUUGCUUUUAGAGGAGGUAUUUGAACUCCACAAAACCGUAUCAGCACUAGAGAUGGAAGAAAUGAGUUUGAAAGGUGCUAUUAUUCAAAUGAAAACAAGGCAACAUCAUCAUCGGAAGCUAUGAGAAACACGUAGAAACUCCCGUUACAUGACUUGUUAGACCAUUGAUUAAUAAUAGUUGGCUUCCAAAUCAUUCAUGUAUAGUAUUCUAAUUAGUUAGAUUCGUCUCCCCCCAUUACAUAGAGAACAUGACCGUUGCAUAAAUGCUUUUGAUUCUCUUAACAAUAAGAAUUUAGCUUAAUUGACAUUUGUAUAUGGUGAUGACGAAGACGUUUGUGCUUAGUUAAA